AUGUCGCUUUCAGCCAGAUACUACAUCAGCAGUAUUCACGAUGCUGCAUUAAAAGAAAAGUACACAGCACCAAACAAUUUGACAAUUCCCCUCAAGGAAGAGGGCGAGGAGGUGGUGAUAGACGCAAGCACAGACCUUCCAGAAGAUUCCAGCGAGCUCUGCACGUUGCUCACGAACGAGGAGUGCAAGCCCGAGUACUGGCUUCUGGUGGCGAAGGCUUAUGCGAAUAAGGAAAAAUACGAUGAGGCACUAAAUGUGGUCAAGCAGGCCUCGCAAACGUCCCUUUUCGGCGCGUCGACCGCCCUGGACAACUUCAUCGGCUGGCUGCAGCUCGGCCGAUACUCGAAAGAGGCAGAAAGUGGCGAUUCGGCGGCCUCUGGACAUCUUUCGGAAGCAAUUUCGAAAUCUGAAGCUUGUCUCUCUUCAGUGGCUAAUGACGAGCCAGCAACGCUUUUGAAGGCGGUGGGCACGAUGGCAUCCAAACACCAGAAGGGCCGGCGGUCGAAUCUGGACAAGGAGUCGCGGCUGUUGGACACGUUGCUCCGGAAACACCCGGACAACUGUUAUGCAUUACUCGGCAAGGCUAAGAUCUUCUUCUACCGGGAGAGCUAUGCCGGGGCGCUCAAACUCUUCCAGAAGGUUCUCAUGUUCAACCCGCUCUUGCUGCCGGACCCCCGGAUCGGCAUUGGGCUGUGCUACUGGUUUCUUGACCGCAAGGACUUGGCAUCUAGAGCUUGGCGCAAUAGUGUGCUUGUUCACCGCCACAAUAACACGGAGGGCAAGCUUCUCACAACUGUGGCGAAGUUCGACGAGUGCUUCACGUCGGCGAAGUCGGAUGAGCAGUUUUGUGCGAUGUACAAGGAAGCGGUUGAGUUUGCAGAGGCGACAUACCGAGAGGGUCGGCAGGUGCCUGCAGUGCAGGUUGUGCUUGCAGCAUUGUACUUCCUAAAGGGGGAAUACAUGACGUGCAGCCGCGUGUGCGAUGGCGUGAUUGCGCGUCCGGGCCACGUUGCGUCGUUUGUGCGCAGCGAUGCGCUCUUCUGGAAGGCCAGGUGCUGCUUCGUUCAGGCGCAGGGCACAGCGCAGGACACAGCGCAGGACACCGCGCAGGACACCGCGCAGGGACACGACCAAAUUAGGAAGGCGCAGCGGCUCUUUUCGGAGGCCGUCAAGCUCAACGAGGCAAACACGUUGGCCCGAAUGGGACUUGGGCAGUGCCUCACGGUCCGCAAGCAGUACAGCGACGCAAUCCGCUGCUUUGAGAAGGUACAGAAGCAGCAGCCGUUGAACAUGCACGUCAACUAUGCGCUUGGCGCACUCUACGCGAGAAGCCGCAGGUUCAGGAAGCAGGCGGUGGACCAUUUGACCAAAUAUGUGAAUUUGUGCUCCGACCGCCGCGAGCCUAUAAGCGUGAAUGCUUUGUUUACGUUAUCGCGCCUGUACGAGUCCACGGACAUGUCUAAAUCGUUGUCGUAUUUACAGAUGGCCAAAAGGCAAGAGUUGGAAUUGGGCAAGUCAGAAAGCCAAGUUUCGUAUGCUUUAUUGAACAACAUUGGAGUGCUUGAGUUUUUGAGUGGUCUGGAUAGCAGCCGGGAGUUCGAAUUGGCUACGGAGGCACUUAGCGGAGAGGGUGGAAAGGAGGGUGGAGAUGUGAAAGAUGUGAAGGAUGUGAAAGAUGAAGAGAAUGGAGAUAAGCAAACCCCUGUGGAUUCAUCUAAUGCUUCUCCUUCCACAUCGCACAUCCUUACCCUCAAAGCACUUGCCGCAAAUGAAAGCACUCCCUCCAUCCAGAAGGCAUCUGCUAUCACGCUUCAGUACAAUAUGGCCCGGAGCAAAGAGAGCACGGGGAAAAAACAGGACAUCGAAGAUUCCAUGCAGAUUUACGAGCAGAUCCUGCAGGAGUGCCCUCAUUACUCGAGUGCCCGCAUCAGGUGGCUUCUCUUGGCAUGCGUCUCGCAGGAUAGACACAUAGUGCAGGAAUUGGAGCGGUUGCUGCACGAGGAACCAGACAAUUUGGAGGUGCGUGCAUUUUAUGGAUGGUAUCUCAAGAACUAUGGCAAGAAACACGAGAUUUCCAGCAAUAAGGGUCUUGCCAAGGAGUCUGAAAUCCACAAAGAGACGUUGGUUAAGUUGACAUCGCAUGAUCAGUAUGCGUUAAUUUCUUUAGCGAACGUGUACUGCACUUUGGCGCGGGAAAUGAAGGAUGCAAAGAAAAAAAGCGUCUACUAUGUGCGGUCUGCGCAGUUGUACCAGAAGGUGUUGAUGUUGGAUCCGAAAAACGUGUAUGCGGCGCAGGGCAUCGCCAUCAUCCUUGCGCAGCGCCGCCAGCCCGCCUAUGCGCUUGAGAUUUUCCGCAAGGCGCGCGACAGCCUCAGCAACAAAAACGUUUAUGUGAAUUUGGGCCAUUGUCUUUUGGAGUCUCGGCAGUACGGCAAGGCGAUCGAGAACUACCGCUUGGCGCUGGACAAGUUCACUGACGGACGCGAUGCGCACCUCAACAGCCUGUUGGCGCGCGCAUGGCUUGCGCGCGGAGCGCACGAGCACAACCUGGACAGCAUGGCGCAGGCGCUCGCCUUCUCGGAGGCCGCGCUUAGCGCACGCGACACUCCGGCGCACCGCUACAACGUGGCGUUCGUGCAGUAUCAGCGCGGUGACUUGGUGCGCAAGGCGCCGGCUGCGCGCAGGACCGUGCGCGACUUGCAGGACUGUCUUGCCGGGGUGCGCGAGGCCACGGGCACUUUGGAGCGCCUCGCGCAGGGUGACGGCGGCCGGCCGCCAUACCCGGUUGACGACUUGAGUGCGCGCGCGCAGAUGGGCAAGGCGCUUGCAGCGCAGCUCGAGAAAGAGGUGGGCGCGCAGCGCAAGUACGAGGCGGAGCAGUCGUCAAAGAUUGCAGAGGCAAAGAAGAGGCGUGAGGAGGAGCAGAGAAAGGUGCACGAGGAAAAAAUGAGGCGCGAGGAAGAGAGGCAGCGUGUGGAGCGCAAGAUGGCGGAGCAGCGCAGGGAGCUCGACAGGCAGCAGCAGGAGUGGAACAAAAAACGGCUGGAGGAAGCGCAGCAGAAAAAGAGCGGCAUCGAGGCAUCGUCGGAGUCCGGCAAGGCUGCGCGGGGUAGCCGGAAGCGCAGGGGCGGAAAAGAAGAAAAGGAUGACUUUGUUGUUUCCGACUCGGACUCGAAUGCCGACGCCGGCGAGGAGUAUGAUAGUGGGGAGGAAGAAAAAGAGGAGGAGGAAUUGUUUGGCGAGCCAAGUCCGAAAAAAAGAAGACUCGUUAAGGAGGGCAAGGCAUUUACCGGGGAAGUGGAGAAAAACGAGGGAGAGAAAAGUGAAGGGGAGAAAGGUGAUAGAGAAAAAAAUGAUAAAGACAAAAAUGAGGCAGAUGAUGCAGAUGAUGCAGCAAAAAAAACAUCAAGAAAAAGAGCCAAUAGGAUUGUCGACAACGAGGAUGAGGAGUGA